CUGAAAAAUUUAAUGACAAUUAUAAAAAAUUACAAUUUAAUUAAUUUCUCUUCAAUUGUCGGAUUAUUUGAGAAGAUAAAUCAAGACGAAUCAUACAUAUAAGCAAUUUGUGGAUUAUUAAAAAUGCAAAGAAACAACAAUCCUCCCAAAUAAUUAUUUGUUUCAUCAACGUUACCGUUGAAUAAUUAAUGCACAGGUAACAGAUGGAGAUUUUCAAAAUAAAUUGCUCAAAUACUGUAAUUGCAAAAUAAUCGUAACAAUAUUUAUGGAUCAUGCAAUUAUGAAAGAUUGAAAAUAUCACGGAAAAUCCGAGUACUAAGAGCGCAUAUAUAUUGUUAAUUGUUAUAUAGAUUGAUUGAAGAAUUUUGCGUUUGAAAUUUAUUCGAUUUUCGCUACGGACUUAUGCACAGACCCAAUAGAUAAUUCUUGAUAUGGACGAUGAAUAUAUGGUUGGCAUGCAAAAAGGCUUUAAAAAUCAAAUAGUUUAAUGCAAAUUGUGAGAAGCUGCGUUUUAUCAUCCGCGGAAUGUCUAUAAUUAAGUAUUUUACGAUAGAAACUAUGAACUAUAAUGUUCUGUCCUAGCUCAUUUGCGAAAUUCACUAUUGAUAGCGAUAAAGAAGCAAAUGUGAAUAAAACAUCGACAUCAAUGGAAAAACCAACAGGAUCUACAGAAAUGGCUGACAUUACGAUACAAGAAGAAAAACAAAAAGAAAAGGAACUAAUAUUAUAUACAAAUGUGCGAAGCUUGAUAAAGCGCAUAGAAAAAAUAAAGCAGAUUAGGGAGGAAACAUAUCCAGCAGUUAUAGCAUUAUCAGAGACUAGAGUGACGGAUAAAAUUAAAAAUAGUAAAGUAAACGUGCAGGGUUAUAAUAUGAUUAAAUGUGUUUCUGAAAAUAGACGUACGGGAGGGGUUGUGUUAUAUGUAAGAGACGAUAUUGAAUAUAAGAAAGUUUUGAUUAAAAAGAAAUUGUCGAAAUGCUGGUGCGCCGCGAUAAAAAUAAAAGAGAAAUUUUAUAAAGGUGUGAUAAUGGUAAUAUAUCACUCGCCAAGUGCAUCAGACCGCGAUUUUGUGAAAUUCCUAGAGGAUAUAGUAGAAGAGGUAAUAUUUAAAGAAGAUUGUAUGGUAAUAGGCGACUUUAAUAUAGACUUUAAAAUGACAAAUAAAAUCUAUACAAAGCAGUUGAAAACGGCAAUGCAUAGUUUAGGUAUGAAACAGUACAUUGAUAGUCCAACGAGAAUUACGAAGAAGACUCAAACAAUUAUAGAUUUAGUUUUUGCUAACACCAAAAUACACGCACAAGUAGAUCACACGUUUAAUAUAGCAGACCAUGCGUGGCUAAAAAUUAAUUUGAAUGCAAGUAAAUCCAAAAAUAAGUAUAGAGAAUUUAGUGCUACAGAUUAUAGUGAUUUUAAUAUAGACGAAUUGAAUACAGUGUUAGAAAAUAAAAUAGGGCAAAUACAAGGUGUGGAUGUUAGUGCAGAAGCAAAGAAAUUUGUUGAUAUAGUGAAUGUGCUGGACGCUACGGCAUUUAGAAAAAAAUUAAAAGUUCCGAAAGUAUGGGAAGGGAAAAGCUUUUCAGAUGAAAUAAAGGACGCAGUGAAUAGAGACGAAACGUAUAAAGACACAGAUCAAGAAAAGGACAAAUAUUAUAUUGGAUAA